AUGGUGGAAGAUAACGCAGACACCACCUCCAGCUCUGGGGAGAAGAGCCGCGGGGGAUGCCCGGACCAGCUGCAGCCUUACCCAAGCAGCCGGCAGCCGGAGGAGUGGGAGAUGGAGAAGUCGGUGCAGGGCCCCCCAGGGCAGCCCGGAGGCAGCCGCUUGGUGGGCGGCAGCUACCCGCAGAAAAACGCCGAGAUCCUGAGCAGCCAGUACGGCAUCAACUUGUUCCUAGCCGGGCUGCUGCUCAUGUUCGCCUGGGCUGUGCAUGCGGUGGGCAUCAGGAAGCAGGAUCCGCUCUCCUAUCUCAUCACCAUCAUGCUCAUCCAGCUGCUCUGGAUGCUGUGGUACAUCUACAGGAGCUACACCCAGAGGAGGCUGAUCCAAGAGAAAGACACCCACGCAGGAGCCCGCUGGUUAAAGUGUGGGAUUACAUUAUUUGCAGUGAUUACUUUAAUUCUGGACUCUUUUAAAAUUGGAUACUUUAUUGGAUUUUCAAACUGUUUAUCAGCAACUGAAGGCAUUUUUCCUGUCACACAUGCAGUGCAUACGCUUUUACAGGUGUAUUUUCUUUGGUGUCAUGCCAAGGAUAUUAUCCAGUCUUUCAAAACACUUGAAAGGUUUGGGGUGAUCCAUUCCGUGUUUACAAAUUUACUCCUGUGGACAAACGGAGUGUUAACAGAAUCAAAACACCAACUCAAUGAACACAAGGAAAGACUAAUCACACUUGGUUUUGAAAACAUAACAAUAGAUGACCAGGCACCCCAAUGUAAUUGUACAACAACUCUCUGUUCGAUAUUUUCUCAAGGAAUGUAUUACCUUUAUCCCUUCAACAUAGAGUAUCAUAUUUUAGCAUCCGCAAUGCUCUAUGUCCUGUGGAAGAAUAUCGGACGCAAAGUAGAACACCACCAACAACACAAAAUAUUGUUCAAGUUUCAUGGCAUAACAGUGGGCACGAUUUUUGGACUAAUUGUGCUGAUUAGCACACUAGCAGUCGUUGUUGUGUACUUAAUUCAGAUGGGACGUUCGAAAAUCAAGAGUGAGUUAGCACUUACUAUGUUUUACUUAUAUGGUAUCUCCGUACUGACUCUUAUGUGUGUAGCUGGAAUUGUCGCCCUUCUAAUUUACAGACUAGAAGAAAGAUCAAUGGAUAAUUCAAAAAAUCCUGCCAGGAAACUUGAUGCAGACCUAUUAGUUGGCACAGCUUCAGGUUCCUGGCCUCUCUCUUGGGGUUCUAUCCUAGCGAUUAUCUGUGCCCAGUCUCAUCCGAAAUACACAUGGUACAAUCUUCCUUAUUCCAUCCUGGUUAUUAUUGAGAAAUAUAUUCAGAAUCUCUUUAUCAUUGAGUCCAUACAUCGUGAAGAGGAAAAGGUGAAUGAUGAUAUUAAAACUCUUCGAAUAGUAACUGUAUCCAGUGGGAGCACUCUGUCACUUACCCCAUCAUACAAAGAAAUUUACAGUGGAGCAGCUGAUAUGGACAAUGGAAAGUUUCCAUACAUGUUUGAUGGGAAUAUCUACAUGAGAGAAAGAAGUGGCGGUGAUGGUUUUGAUGAAGUCAGGAGUCAAGCUAGCAGUCCAGUCACACACUCAACCUCCGAUUUCUCACUGUAUAGUCGAAACUCAGUCAACAAUAAGAGGAGAAUCCUGAAGAACAUUGCAGCAUUUUUAUUCCUGUGUAAUCUUUCGCUUUGGAUUCCACCAGCAUUUGGUUGCCGCCCAGAGUAUGACAAUGGACUGGAAGAAAUAGUUUUUGGCUUUGAACCUUGGAUAAUUGUUGUUAACCUUGCAAUGCCUUUUUCUAUUUUCUAUCGUAUGCAUUCAGCUGCCUCGCUCUUUGAGGUCAAUUGCAAAACUUAA